AUUUUUAAAUAACCGUAAUGGAUUGUACCGAUAAUAUGCAAGCAAGUCAACAGGAUGAAGAAGUUGAGGAAAGCGGGCGUAUAAUCCAGCUUCAAGACUUAAUUGAAAAAAAUAUACAGAUUGAGCAAAAAAUUGAGUCCCGUUCUUUCGGAGAGUCCAUGUCGGCCAUUUUUGAUAUAUUAGGUAAAGCGAACGAUGUAGUGAAAGGAUAUGAGGAGCGUAAAACAAACUCAACAGAGAUUUUGCUGGACUCUGAACUCUUAAGACGAAACCACGAAGUUGUUGGAAAGGCAAUACAGUAUAAUACGAAUAUCACAGAUCGAAUGUAUUGUACGGCCAUUAACAAUGUUGUUUUCAAAGAGAAUGCAGAGGAUUGGAAUGCCCUGUGCAGCCUUGCUUGCCGGUAUGGAGUGCCAAGCUUUACAAAUGCCUCGAUGUUGCCUUUUAUUAACGUAGAGCCCAAACAGCAUGUUCCCAAACAGCGCGCAGCACGUAAAAUCACAAUAAAUGCCGUAGAAAAACGUCCGAAACAAGCCGAUAAGCUCGAACGCAGGGGCGAAGGCUCGGCGGCUGUGAAUCAUGUGAUGAAACAGAUUAAAAAUAUUUACCGAGCAGGCAAUAACCAACCAAUACCAUAUUUUAAACUGAUCUGUAAUCCACAAAACUUUAUGGACACCGUUCAAAAUUCAUUGAUUAUAUCGUUUUUGAUCAAAGAAAAUCUGCUAUCGAUGGAGAACGGAGCAGAUGGAUUGCCCCAAAUCAAAUUGAAUAGUUCAAAAGAAUACGUUGCAAAUGAACCUUUUCAGGCCAUUUGUCGCUUAGAUCUUGAACUCUGCGAGAAAUAUGCCAAGUAUUACAAUAUCAAGGAACCUAUGUUGAAGCGUGCAGAAGUCGACGAAAGCUGAUCGUAUUUUUAUUUCGUUGAGCCAUUCAAGUCAUUAGAAUUAAAUACUUAU